AUGGAUCUCAGUGAUGAUUAUGAAGAAGAAUUUGCAGAUGCCUUACCAGCACCUCCCCCAUUUACCCCUUAUCCUAUGCCUGUCCCUUAUGCAGCACCUCCCCCACCGAUGCCAAUAUCUUCUCCUACUCCCCAGCCUGUUCCUCCACCGUUUACCCCUGCACCUUCCCAACCACCUAAAACCAUUCAUACCAUCAUUACCCCCUCAGAGAAUGCUUUAUCUGAGUAUUUUACAAACCUUACUAUUACUGAUCCUCUUUCCUCUUUCAUGAAUGAAGGACCACGUCCUACUGCUCCUCAUGUUUCAGAAAUGGAUGAUGACCCUGAAAUACAUAACCCUGAGGAUCCUCCAAGACCAAGCCCUGUUCCACCACCUACACCUUACACCCCAUACCAAAACCAAGAUCCUAAACAAUUUUUCACCUUGGAUGAUAUGCCCGUUCCUAAGUGGGCAUCAAGAAUUGCAGAUUUUCAUGCAUGGAUUAAUGUAGAACUACUUCAUGAAGGAGCCUCUACAGUCACAGUUUAG